CUUGCGAAGCGACAAGUAGUUGAUAGAGCAGCAUCGGUGAAAAGCGGAGGAAAACGCAACUGCACGCGUCGCAGCAUAAGGAGAAUCCCCCCCCAAAGAUAUUUCAUUUUAUUUUCAUGUUUAUUUUAACUUGAGGGAAAUUUUUAUACCCAAAACAACAGCGGAAUACCAAAAACAAAAAUACAGAAAAAGUACAAAAAAAAAAAAACGUGUCGCUGUCCGUCACAGCAAAGAGCUCCCAUGUGCUGCAUUACCAAUUGAAAAAACAUAAACAGAAAAUAGAACCAGCCGAUAGGUAAACAGCCACUGAAGCAGCCACAACAGAGCCCCGAAAAUAUUACGAGGGCGAAAGUGAAAGUGAAAGUACAUAUACCAGACGACGGGUCUUAUCUCCAACGCGGGCAGUGAAUGCACCCCAAGGGAUCCUCGACUUAGGCUCCCAAGCUAAGAUCCGAAACGUACAGCAGGGCAUAUACCAUCGUAUCACUGUUUUUGCACCAGAUCAAAAAUAGACUGCACAGCCAGAGGAAUCCAAGUUCAGUGUCACCUCACUGCAAUCUGCGAGAUUCGUCUGCGUGGGGUCAGUCGUCUGCCGCACACAACAUCAUCCUCGAAGGCGUGAUUUCGGAUUCUGAUCGCCGAUCGCCGAGUAGCUGUGACAUUGCCAUUGCCAACAUGACGCAAUCGAAGGAGAACCCGGAGAAGAGCCGCGAGACCAUCAGCGAGGAGGGCUUGAAGGAUCUGCUCACCAAGCAGCUGGAAGUCGUGGGCAGCGGAGGAGCCUUUGUGUGGGCCAUCUUCUUCCUGUGUGUUACCCCCAACAUACUGAAUGGCUUCCAUGUGUCCUCCUACACACUGCUGGGCCACCUGCCCGAGGACCAGUGGUGCGGCAUUGCGGAGCUGCAGGACACCAACUGGACCUUGGCCCAGAAGCGGGAGAUUGCCGGAAGGGGUCUGGACUCGGGCGGUUGCACCGUGUGGGACUGGAACUACGGGAAGCUGGCCAAGAUGAGCUAUGAGGCGGCCCGCAAUUACACCACGCACUUGAACGAGAUUUCCCCGCCCGUUGAGGUCUCCUGCAAGGCCAAGGGUCGCCAUGAGUUCGCCAAUCCGGAAAGCACCUUCGUCUCGGACUGGGAUCUCACCUGCGAGAGGAGCAUCCAGCGGACCUCCGCCCAGGUUUCCAUUUCGCUGGGAAAGUUCUGUGGAUCCUUCUCCUUUGGCAUACUGGCCGACAAAUUUGGUAGGAAAACCUCCUUCACCCUGGGAGCUGUCUUCUUCGUAGUGGGCAGCUUCUUCUGCACCUUCUCGCCCUGGUACAGCCUCUUCCUGGCAGGACGUUUCGCCCUGGGAGCAGCCUCAUCUGGUCUCUUUUACCCUGCCUUUACCAUGAUUGUGGAGAACAUCUGCUUGAAGCAUCGUUCCUGGAUGUCCAUUGCCUUCUCAGCCUCGUAUCCCGUGGGCAUGAUCAUCCUGGCAGUGGUGGGCUACCUCAUCCAACCCUGGAGGCACCUCCAACUGGCCCUCACCAUUCCCUCGCUGCUGCUCAUCCUAAACUGCUACCUGAUGAAUGAGUCACCCCGCUGGCUGAUCGCCAACCAAAGAUACGAUCGGGUAUACAAGAUUCUCUUCAGGCAGCCCAGCCACUACCAAAUUCAGCCCGCCGUUGCAGCCGCUUCUCCCAUCGUCACCGAUAAGAAGGCGCUGGAGCCGGAGGUGGGUUUCUCCUGGGGCGACAAGAUCAAGAACGGUCCUCUGAAGUCCAUCAUAGAGCUGUACGCCAGUCCCAGUGUGCGCAAGAUGAUCUUUGCCUCGUACUUCAUGUUCUGCGUUACCUCGCUGAGUUACUACGUGACGGCUCUCAAUGCCGCCAACCUGUCUGUGUCCAGAUAUCUCUACAUCGUAGCCACCGGCCUGGUGGACAUACCCUCCUAUCUGGUCCCAGUUGUGAUGCUCCGUUUCACGGGUCGCCGGCUCACCACCAUGUUCCUGUUCCUCUGGACGGGCGUAUCCCUGCUGCUCGUCCUCUCCGUUCCCGCAGGCAGCACCACCUGGAUCGUGGCCUUCGCCAUGCUGGGUCGCUUCGGCAUCAGCGCCACCUACUCCGUGGUUACUCUAUACACAGCCGAGCUGUAUCCCACCCAGAUUCGCAACUCUGCCCUGGGAACCUGCUCCACCUUCGCCCAUGUGGGCUCCAUCUCGGCCCCCUAUGUGGUCGACUGCCUGGGAGCCCUCGGCUGGUACAUUCCAACAACGAUCUGCGGCUGCUGCGUUCUAGUAGCUGGCCUCCUGACCCUCACACUUCCGGAAACCGGUACGGGGAAGCUCUCCGACAAGGUGGAGAGCACACAGGCCUCCACUCCGGCAGAGCAGCCCGAGAAACAGUGAAGGAGGCGACCUCGCUUUUAGGUUAAGUUCCAUGUUUACGACUUGAUUUAUCAGGAGCUCAGUUCAUAACUCUCUAAAUUAUUAUAUUAAUACCUAAAAUGGGUAUCACAAAAAAGCUUUACCUCAGGCUGUUUCUUGCUAUUAUAAAUUCCUAAAAUGAAAGUAUCUGAUUAUAGCCAAAGUAAUUUAAAGUGAAAAUGAUAUUUUCCAUAACAGUUAGGCUUCGCUUUUCACGACUACUUAUAAAAAACAAAAGACACACGACCUGGCUGAUAAAUCACAUCGUGGAAAUGGUUAUUUUAGUUAGUCUUAUGUAAUAUUAUAUAUACCUACAGUACUUUAGCCUAAGUUCGUUGAUAGUCCGUGCUAUUCCUGCAUUGUUUAAGUAUAUAUAUUCUUAACUGUUUUUCUGUUUGAUAUCGCAUAAUAAAUGUACUAUUUAUACGUGA